AUGACAGUUUCAAAUCAAGUGGUACAACUAAAUCAUGAAUUUGAUUCACAUAUACGUGAGCGACUCUCUAAAACAAAUGCUACAAUUUUAUUUUGUCGUAUGCUAGCUUAUCUAAGCGAAUAUUCACUAGCAAUAAAAUAUUUUCAGCGUCUUCUACGAGUUUUACCUAUUGAACACGAAGAUCGACCCAAUAUACAUUAUCAAUUGGCUCGCAUGUAUCGAUUUUUGAGUAAACAUCAACAAGCUAUUUAUUAUUUUCGAUGUGCUAAACUAUUACAACGACGUGGUUUGCCUUACAAUACUUAUGAAUAUGGUAUGACAUUAGCUAGUCUUGGUACUGUUUACUUGAAAUUGAACGAUUCAAAACGAGCAGUAUGUGUACUGGAACAAGCUAGUAUUUGUUAUAACCUUGUUUCACAAAACUAUAAUACUGAAACAAUAUUCCACUUUAAUCGACUUAGUUAUGCUUACUAUCUUGAACAACAAUAUGAACGAGCAUUACAAAUGCUCAAUAAAGCAUUGCCCAUUUACAAGCAGAAAAUGCCAGUGGAUCAUCCUCGCCAUGCCCAAACUUAUCAUAAUUUGGGUUUAGUACAUCGUGCGAUGGGUGGUAACGAUAAGGCACUUGUUUCUUAUCAGUAA